AUGACUGGCACCAUCUUCACCUACACCACUGGCCAAGUCCAACCUGGCACUGUGGUACAGCAUGCUACCAAUGGCAAGACCAUCAGCCUGACAGUCCCCAACAACAAGGUAGCCCUCCUUGGCUUGCUUGCCUGCAACAGGUGCCGGCAGAACUGGAUCAAGGUUUCCUCCAACCAGAAGGUCUCCCUGUGCCUUGUCACCAUCCCAGAGGACCAAGACAUCACCAGGAUCAAGUGCCACACCUGUGCCACCAAGACCUGCAACCUCAACCCUGGCUACCUCACCCACUGGUGGCUCACCAAGGCAACUCUGCUCUGGGAGUUUGGCCUGUGGGUGACUGGUGAUGGAAGCCGUCCAACCUCUCCUGAGGCCAAGGACUUCUUCUCAUACUUCAAGAAUUUGGUGGGACACACUCCUCACCUCAUCCUCUCCCAGCCAACUCUGCCUCCUGGCGCUUCCCAGACCUUCAAGGCUGCCUACCAGGCAUGGUUCAACAAGGAGUUCCUCCAAGGCAACCCCCGUGAUUCCCCCAUCAAGCCCAAGAUCCCAGGUGUAUACAACUACCCCUUCAGCUGGAGUUCUGCCCCCCAUAACUAG